AUGGCCGUCGAUGACUCCCUGAGCAGAGAUACGGAUACCUUUGUGUUGGCUCAGAAGGCUUACUACCCUACCAAGAUCCCUAUCGCACACUAUCAAUUGCGCCAUUUCAUCUCCUGCCCUGAACCCGAUCUCUUGUACUAUGCAAGCGGCGCGGCCGUCUACUGCCUCAAUGCGGCCACACGAACCCAGGCACAUGUCACCACAUUGCCCUGGGAAGCGCGCUGCACUGCUUCCGGCUACGGCUAUGUCUGUGUGGGUGGAGAGGAACAUGGCAACUUCGCCGCCAUCCAGGUGACCGGCUUUCCUCCAACAGACCCGUCCCGUGGCGACGCCUCGCUGCCCCUGGACUUCGAGCACCGCCUGCCUCGACCGCCCCUACUAGGCGCUGCAUCGCGCGUACGUCUCGAGAAGAUCGGAACCGAUAUCGUCAACUCCAUAUCCAUACACAAACUGCCGGGUGAAAGCGAGGGUCAGCAUGACGUCGUCGCAGUUCUUACCAACAAUGACAAGACGGUGCGCGUCUAUUCGUUGACUCAAAAUCUGGAGCUGGCGGUGCUUGACUUGCCUUUUGCAAUGAACCACGCUGCCAUCUCGCCCGAUGGCCAAAUGUUGGUAGCUGUCGGCGAUGCCCCUAUUGGCUACUUCUUCGAGCGCACAAAGUCACCCAAGCCUGGUAAUAAGGCACCUGAGGGGCAUAUACAAUCAACACCUCCAGCAUGGGAAUUACUGAAGCAAGUGACUCUCUACCGCCCCGCACAUUCGCAUGCAGACGGCUACUUCACUACAGCUUGGUCACCAUCAGGAAGCCUCUGUGCUGUUGGCUCAGAAUGCGGAUACAUUACUGUUUUUGACGUCCAGUUGCUGAAGCUUGUCGAGUAUGGUGAAGAUGCAAUCCUACAGAUGAUAAGUUCCACGAGACCAGACAGCCGAACCGGGCCCGGCGCGGUACGGACGAUGCACUUUUCACCGGCACCAUGGGAUUUCCUCGUUUGGAGCGAAGACCAAGGUAGAGUGUGCAUCGCGGACUUGCGAGCUGGUCUCAAGGUCAAACAAAUCUUGAACCUAGAUCCAAAAGAAGAAGGUCUCGAGACUGUCGAAAUAGCCGAUUUUGAUCUCAGUCUUAGCCCAGAAAUGCACGAGCUUCGCAGAGAAGCAGAUUUCAUCCGAGGAUAUCGACGUGCUUUGGAUUCGGAAGGGAACACGGCUGUUAUGAAUGCCGCGAAUGAGUAUUUCGAAGCGGACUCAGAGCGGCAGAGACUUCACCGGCGGCUGGGUGUCGUAGAGUCGGACAACGAUCCACUUGGCUUAACAGCACGCGAAAGACAGGUGCUUAGUGCUUUACGGACCAGUCAUAGACAGCGUGAAGAGAUCCAGGAGGCCCGUGGGCAGGGGAUAACGCCCCGAAGUAUCAACUAUACAACUUCUGAGCAACUCAACACUGUACCGGAGCCCACUGCCCGAGAGGUAGCUGACGCUAUGGCUCGUUUCAUGGCAGAGAGAACUGGGCAGGCGCACUCACGCAACUGGCUCCAAGAGCGCACAACUCCUCAUCGGCGGACUUCAGUCAUUGUUUCAAUAAACGAAGGCACAGUUAAUGCACCUGCUACCCUCACCAAUAUUACUGACACUGCUCUCACGCGUUCGCCAAACACGGUGCCUGCCCACGCGCGUCGCGUGAGCAACGAGAUAGUGGCCUCAACAGAUGAAGCAUGGCGUACUGUUGAAGAGGCACUUAGUGCUGAACAACAACGCGCUACGACUCGUGGCACUACUGCACAUGCGGCUGCCACUGACAGCAAUCCCACUGCACCCGAACUCCGCAGCGAGCUUCGUCGUAUCCGUCAAUUGACGCAGGCGCGUGAGCGGCUCCGCAUCACGCGUGCUGGCCAGCCCAUCCUCGAAUCCUAUGAAUUCAGCCUGGGCCUACGCGGGUCAAGCCGCACGACGCACGAUUCCAGAUUAGGCGUACGGACGGCGGGGCUGGCCAUGAGCCAGGAUGGACGCACUCUGUAUUGUGGAACGGAGGAAGGCAUCUUCGAAUUCAAGAUGAACCUUCAUAUCAGGAAGUCGUUCCCUGCUGUCAAUCCCCGAUGA